AUGCCACCGCUGUCGGGUCAGUUUCUCGUAGGGCAGAGCCCGAGGAGGCCGUACAUCAACCGCGCCUCCAAGUUUUUCUUUGCGCAGCUGGACAAGGGGUUUGCCUCCCCGUACGUGCUAGUCGCCUCCGGCGUCUUCUUCUCAUACUUGGCAUGGCGAGUGAUGGAGCACUACGUCCGGCCACGUCAGGAACACUUGGCGCAGCGUCUCCCGGUUCAGCGCGUACCAUUUGAGGCGUCGCACAACGUGUUCUGGGGCCUUGCCAACCCAGACGAAGCCGGCGUCUCCACUACUGGCAGCCGUGGAGACGAUGUGGAGGACAUUGCAAGCAACUUGUUCCUGCCGCAGCUGGCGAACGAAAGGAUGGAGGAAGCAAUGCGCCGCCCCCAGCUGCUCUUCAGCGAGGUGAGCGAGUUGCACGAGCAACCGUCUGCGACGAAUCCUUCUGGUGAGGUGGACAUUGUCUGCCUCGAGCUCUCUGAGUUCUCCCCCAAGCUACGUGACGACGUUUACUACCGCAGCGUGCACUACGUCCCGGCCCAAGGGGGGUCAGCUGUAGCCUCUUCGACAGGGCAUCAAGUCUCCUCGCUGACCGGGUCAAAGCAGACGAGCAGCAGCCGCAGCGGCUCGAGCCAGAAGCUUAUGGUGAGGUCAGACAAGGUGGCCGAGGCUCCUGCUGCUGCUGCUGCUGCUUCUGACUCUCCCCUGACCACAGCGGAGGCAGGGAAGGCCGCUUCAACCACGGACUACCUCCAAUUUAUGCCCGGCCAAGGCGAGGAGGUGAUACACGGUAUUAUCAAGUGCAAAGCUGUGACGACACAGAACAACUGUGUCCCUUACGCUGGCCACCUUGAGGAGGAGUACGCACGCAAGCUCAUGCUGACCCUCGGGCCUGUACAUAUCCUGCGCGACGCCACCCAAACGCUGUUACCGCGGCGCUUCUCCUUUGUGAAACAGGUACCCGUCGAAACCCUGGUACUCGGCAUGCACUCGGGCGAGCUGCCGCGGUGGCUAAGCACGUGCUACCCGAACUUUAACGUGCAUGUGGUAGAGCGGGAUGGCACACUGGUGCGGUUAUGCAGGCGGUUUCUGGGUUUUCAGGAGUCGAGCAACCUCACAGUGCACAUCGAUGAUCCUGUCGAGUACGUGCGGCGCCAGGUGGCCAUGCGAGCCCACGGUAACACGACCGUCGCCGGGGUCAAGCCAUACGAGCUGGUGUUGAUUGACGCGAUAGACGGUGCGGGGCGGCUGAGCACGCAGUACGGUCGCCUGGAGUUCAUCAGUAACAUCCGCCGCAUCAUGAGCGACAACGGGUGCAUCGCCGUCACUCUCCCCAACAAGGAUGCUGAGUUUGUCUUCAACAUGGUGCAGAACUGGCGCAUGGGGUUUACAGGGCGGCCGGUAGUGCUGGUGCACUGUGUGACGUCGCCCUGCUCGAUCCUCCUGACGUUCCAGGACACCGCCGCGCGCGGCAAGGCAAGAAUCGGCAGCAUCGCCAAGGUGGAGGAGUUUCAGGAUGUGCUUCGGGAGCACAUUCGGCACUACGGGGCUGACCGGGUGCAGUUCGACAUCACGCGUGAGGUGAGCGCGGGCAACUUUAGCGUUCUUAACCCGGAACAGGCGUACGGGAUGGAGGCGUACUUGCCGGCAGGUCACCCCGCAAUCCUUGCUGCGAGGCACCAGGAUGUGCAGGAGGCGGUACUGCGCCAGCGCCGUAGCCAAGGCUGGGGCGCGUGGUUGCGCCGCUUAACCGGGACAGCGCUGUCGCCGAGCCAACGCAGCGAUCUCGAUGGCGAGUGA